CCCCAGACUGAGCUGAGAGACCACAUAUACCACAUAGACAGGCAGCACCUUGCUGAUGUGCAUGGCUGUUGCCUGUCAUUAAUGAGGGGCUGUCACUAAGUAACUGUACAAUUAGCAUCCAUAUGGUGUGCACAUGCAUACACACACGCUUGCAGUGGGAGUAGGAAUACAAAAAGGCAAGGCAGGCACACCCUUCUGUUUCAUCUUCAUAAAAGGCUCCCGCAGCUCUUACCAUGCUAAGCUCAGAGCACAGAAGUGCAGAAGAAUAAAAGCAGCUCUCCAGCUGGUGAUGCACAGCCAUGAAGCAGCCAUGGGCUUUACGGGAAUGACAUUUAUGGCUGACAUCAGAUCUGAGUAUUUGCAUUGGAUUUCAGUGUCAGCAUCGGAGGUGGGGCUUAGCAGGGACACUGAUCCAGCUAAGAGGCAGCUCUGUCUGGAAAGAUACUCACUCCCCAUUUCUCUGCUAUCCUGCUUGCUUCUGACUCCUCCCUCCUGCAGCUCAGAUCAGCACAGGGUGAAUCCAACAGCCUCCCAUUUCUACUAUGUUUCUCCUUGAGCUUGAACAUACCUGGUGCUCUACCUUCAUUUCAGCUGAACUCGUGAGUAAGGCACGUUGCCUGUUAUCUCUCAGAAGUGAAUAGCUUGUUAUUACCUGAAGAGACUGAAUUAACUAUCUUCCAGUACUGAAAGGGUUAUGAAGAACUGUAUUUUUUCCAGCACCUCUGGUACUUCUUUGUUGCCUGAUUUUUCAAGAGCAUGAGUUAUUCUGGUUAUCAAGGGAGCUUAAACCUGAAUAUUUCUUCACCGGAUGCUACAAAAAAAGAAAGGAAAACAAACUUACAAUGUGGAACUAACAGUUAUGGUUUCAGCUUGUGAAAACUUGCAGAGUCAGUGAGAAGGCAAGGAACAACAUUUGCCAAGGACAAUGUCGGUAAUGCUUAGUAAUUUGUCACUCAAUGGGACAAGCUUCUUCGCUGAAAAUCAUAGCAUUAUGGAUAAACCUAACGAGCAGAGAACUUUGAAUGUCUUUCUAUUUUGCUUGACUUGUAUCAUUGCAUUCACAGUGCUUCUGGGCAGCAUUUAUUCACUAGUUACCCUGCUUAAAAUGCAGAAUAAAUCCACAAUUUCAGUGAUUGUGACCUCUUUGUCAGUAGAUGAUUUGAUCAGCAUUGUGCCAGUGAUUAUUUUCAUGCUCACCCAGUGGUCAAGUGAUGCCCUUCCUCAGCCUCUGUGCACCACCUCAGCACUUAUAUAUUUAUUCCAGGGCAUUUCUAGCAAUCUGAAAGGGUCUCUUAUAGUUUCCUACAACUUCUAUAGCAUCAACAAAACUGAGACAAUGAACUGCAGUGCUUCCAAACGACGAGUGAGCAUAGUAUGGGCAAUUCUCAGCAUUUGGAUCAUCAGUUUGCUGAUCUGCAUUUUGCCUCUCUGUGGUUGGGGCAGGUACAUCCCCACCUCAUGGGGUUGCUUCGCAGACCAUGCAAGUUCCUACAUCUUGUUCUUAUUUAUUGUCUACUCGUUGUGCUUUUGCCUCCUCACAGUGCUUUCUGUCCCUCUAACUUACCAGCUGUUGUGCUCAGAUGAACAACAGCUGUUACACAUCGAUUACCAGGAAAUCUCUCGAGGCUACAUCACCCCUGGGACACCUGCAGGCUGCAGUACUGCCACCCCAUGUCUGUCACCAGUGGACCCUGUGGAUAAAACCCUGAAGCAUUUCCCAAAUGCAUGUCUAAGCUCAAAGGCAGUUUUUAGGAAAGGUGUGGCUGAGAGCAGUGGACUCGAGCCCCGAUGCAUGAACAACGCAAAGAGCAGGAGCUUCACAGUGGGCUUUGCCCAGAAACGAUUCUCACUGAUUCUUGCAUUGACAAAAGUCAUUCUCUGGCUUCCAAUGAUGAUACAAAUGGUUGUCCAGCACAUCAUUGGCUAUCAAAGCCUUUCGUUUGAGACACUUAGCUUCCUGCUGACAUUGCUAGCUGCCACGGUCACCCCAGUAUUUGUCCUGUCAGAGCACUGGAUCCACCUGCCCUGUGGCUGCAUCAUAAACUGCAGGAGGAAUUCAUAUGCUGUGUCUUCAGAGGAACUCAAAACCAAACACAGAGGUUUCGAAUUCAACCUUUCCUUCCAGCACAGUUAUGGAAUCUAUCGAAUAUCCCCUGAGAGCCACCUCCACGAUGGCGAUGGUAAAUCCACGUCGUGCCACAACCUGCUGGUUUGCGAGAAACCCUGCGAGCCGCCGAAGGGAGGUGGCGGCGGCGCGGCGCGGGCGGAAUUCAGCACCACGGACAGCGCCCGGCCGGACCCUGCGGAGUUCAGCUUCAGGGACAGCCUCCGGCCCGGCCCGGCGGGGCUCAGCACCACGGACGGCGCCAGAGCCGGUCCGGCGGGAUUCAGCACCACAGACAGCACCCGGCCCGGCACCGCGGGGGUGCGCGGAGAAACGGCCUCGGGCCUCGGCAGGAGCGUGGAUGGAGCCGAGAGGAGGCUGUCUCACGAAGAGGGCCACAAGCCAGAGCUCACAGACUGGGAGUGGUGCAGAAGUAAGUCGGAGAGGACCCCUCGGCAGCGAUCAGGUGGGGCCUUAGCUAUUCCUCUGUGUGCAUUUCAAGGAACUGUGUCACUUCAGGCACCCACAGGAAAAACUCUCUCCUUGUCUACGUACGAGGUAAGCACUGAAGGACAAAAGAUAACACCCACGUCAAAGAAAAUCGAAGUCUAUCGAUCUAAAAGUGUUGGUCAUGACCCCAACCCAGAGGAGUGUCCUAAUUCAUUUGCUGACACAAGUGUUAAAAUUCAUUUGGAGGUUCUGGAAAUUUGUGACAAUGAAGAGGCUCUGGAUACUGUUUCCAUCAUCAGUAAUAUCAGCCAGUCCUCCACACAGGUAAGAUCCCCAUCCUUACGCUAUUCACGGAAAGAAAACAGAUUUGUCUCAUGUGAUUUAGGGGAAACUGCUUCUUACUCACUCUUCAUACCAUCAAACAAUCCUGACAGCGAUAUUAACAUAACAAUCCCAGACACUGUGGAAGCUCACCGGCAGAAUAGUAAAAAGCAGCACAUGGAGAGAGGUGGUUAUCAGGAAGAAAUACAAAUGUUGAAUAAAGCAUACAGAAAACGGGAAGAAGAUGGCAACAGCAAUUGAAAGACAUUUAAUCUAAGCAUUUAAACUGAUUCAGUGGACAUUGCUCCUCUUGACUCAAGUUACCCUAACAAAUACAAUGCCAAGUGUUUUUUGGGUUUGUUUUUUUCCUAGCAUAUAAAUUAUUUUUAUUUGGGUACACUGUUAAAUAGUUAACAUUUACAAAUGGGAAAACAAAUGCUUCAGUGCUUUGCAGCUUUGCGUAAUGAAAUUCAACUUAUUUACGUAUCUCUUUAUUUGAGGAAGACUUGCAUCGAAAGGAAUCCUAAAUAAAGUCUUGAAAGACACCCUUGCAUGCUUGUUGGCACUGGGUGGUCUUCGGGAAGCCAGAAUAUGAGAGAACAGCUCUACACCCAUGAAGAUGUAACAGGUUUCAAUGACUGUUGCAGUUCUCCUGCUGAUGUGCCAGACUUGAAACAUUCACUGAAAAUAUGUAGCACAAGCCUAAGACUAAGCCAUGCAUUUGGUUAGGGAUUGUAUGCUGCCUACAUGGUUCUACUGCUCCAUACGUGAUUGAUAUGUAGUGUCUCUGUAAGUGGCCAUUGUAUAGACCUCUGAAUGUGGGUGGCUGAAAUUUAAGCAUGCACAUUUUAUAAGACCAACGUUGUGAAAAUGUGUUCUCUUGGCUUGACAUUUCUUUCAUCGAGUGUGUCAAAUGUUGGAUGAUUUUAUGCUGGUUACUCUAAAGCGUGCCAUUUUCUGCCUCCUUGAUCUUUUAGGAGAGGGGACAGGGCUGUUCAAGGAGGCCAAACUUAGAGACCCAGUUUACCUGUUGACCUCAGCUUGAGGCUGAUUGCCCACAUUAGCUUCCUGCCCUGGAGCACCUUCUGGAGGAGCCUAUCCUUAUACUGCCUUACAGGAAACCUAGAGCCAAGUCUGAAAUCAAACUAAAACCUGUGAAUAGACUGUUUCUUGUCAGAUUUGAGGCUGAAACAGUAAAUGAAGUCCUUUAGUCUAAUGCUUUUUGACUGAGAGCUCAUUUUCUGAGAUUUUGUCAUUCAGCUAGACAGAAGUAGACUUCAGCAGAGUUUUCAGAGGUUUGACUAAAAGUUACACCAUUUCUUUAGUUAAUAGAUUCACUUUUCAGUGAGUGACAACAAAAUAACUUAGGUGUUUGCACUCACCCUGUUAUCCGCUCAGUGGGAACAUAGAAAAGUAAGAACAGCCCUAUUUAGCAUUCCUUUAUGGAUUGUGAACAGGUAGAGCAAAAGGGCCGACAAGCUCUGCUUGUGUUCAGUAUGGAGGUGUGGAAAGAACAGGUGAUUUGCCUUCUCACUUCACCAACACAAAGCAGGCCUGCUGCCAUGAUCACUGUGUGACAGUGAUGUAGAGCUGAGGAGAAUCGGGUCAGAGACUGCAGGCUGCUGGGAUGGAGAUGGAUCACUCUGUGCAAGAUGUGCUUCUAUGUGCUGCUCUUCCAAGGUGAAAACAAAGGUUCUCAUAGGACUGUCUCAAGGCUCUUAUUGCCGCUGCGAUGCUGUGUUACACUUCAGAUUUAACAAGAAACUGGAGUAGAUGGAGCAAUCGGUGGUAAGUCUAUUGAAUAGGUUAUAUCCAUGUGCAUGCAGCACAGAGACACAUUCUGCUGUCUCUGGAUGUACUGCUUUGCUUUGUGAUUGUAGGAUGAGCUCAGAAAGUUGCUUUAUAGCAGCAGACAUGCUCAACCCAGCAGAAGGUUGUGAGGGGGGACGCAUUGCAUCACUGCCUCGGUUUGGUCACGUUCUCUGAUGGGCGCAUUUAGAUUGUGUCCAGGUUUGGAGGCAUUAAGAAUCUGCAUAGCUGUGACCCUGAGCUCGACCUAAUUGUAGAAUGUUGUCUUGCUGGUGUGAUAAAAAUACAUUUUCUUUAAUGAAUCUGUAAAUUUGAUCAUGUAUGAAUGUCUGACUGUUUCAUAUUUUAUUUUAGUGACUCACAUCAUUAAACAUUUUAAAGUGUCUGGAAGCCCAAGUUGUAAUUACUCAGUAGAUAACAGCUCCUCACAAAGCUCUAAGAGAGAACUCUUGGUUCCUGUAUUUGGUAAUUGUCAAAGUGUCUUCGUUUAUCACUUUAUGAAAUGUAUUUAGACUUACACUUUUAAAUGCUUAUUUUGUAAUGGUUUUUAAGAAAAAAAAAAGUCUUCCUCCACUGUUUAUCCUGCCUGACCUUUUAAUGUAUUUCAGUGACAGCUUGACAUUUGAGGGCAGAGUGUUUGUCAAGGGCUGUUUGAAGGUGACUUGAAAGAGACCUCAUCUCUGCUCGGACACCAUAGCAACUGACUGAGAAGUCCCUUGGAAAAUGUGACCUGCAUCAGCCCCUGCCCUCCCCUGCUCUUAGGAGUUGGGCUGUUGAAUAAUUCAAAGGGUAGGAAACAAGAAACUUCAGAAGAAUUUUUGAAAUAAUCUUAGGUAAGCAGUGUAUCCAGUGUGUUGGAGUUUCCCUUCGAUGGCACACACAUGCACUGAGAAGAAAGUUAAGCUAAUAGAGUGACAAGAAAAGUAAAUAUGUAAUAAGCAGAACCAGGCUUCAAAUCCCGAAUGCCUCAGUUGAAGGGCUAAUUGAAAUAGGAGAUAUGGCCCAGUACUGAAACGUACAUUUCUUACUCUAGUCAUGAUGGAAUAUGCAACUGAUAUUGUGCUAUUUCAUAAAAAGUAGUAAUUAAAUUUUACUUACACACUGUUUUACCUUCAUAGAUUUGAGGUUGAUACAUAUAUUCUGGAACAUGAUUGCACUACCUGGUAUGUAUCACUAUAAUGAUUUCCAAGGUGAAGCUCUGACUGGUAUGUUUCUCUCAUGAAUUUUGCAGAUUCAGAUGUCUCAGAGCAGAAUAAAUUUUGCUUUUCUAGUCCCAAGCAGCAGCUACAUUAUCCAUGCACUCCUGUAUGCUGAACACUUUUGUUUGUUUUAUAAACAAGGUAACAUUAAAGAUCUUCAGUCCUUCAGACAAAUCUUUUCUCAUAGAGGCGGCCCUCCUGAGUGCUGCAGUGCUGGUGUGCAGCAGCAAGGUUACUCCUUGGGGUCAGAGCUGAAGCGUGGGACCGCUCCGGCUGUGUCUCACCUCACACCUGACAAGUUUUGUGCUCUUGUCAGGAAUUGGACCUUAGGGAAUCAUUAGGAAUUCAACUUGGAUGAAUCUCAGUUCGGAUUUCUGAAAGGAGAGCGCUGUGUUCUGACCUCUCUGAGAACAUGCUGCUGCAUGAAGAAAUUAUGUGUUUUGCAUCUUGAUAGUGUGCUGCUGAAGUGGAUGAAAAAUGAAUGUGGGCAGUGGAUAAAGGGAUUUGAAAAGGCCCAGUAAUUGGCAAAAUACUGGGAGCAUUUUAAGAAAUCUUGGCAUGUAUAUGAGAAAGUGAUCUUUAAAUAAAUAGCUACGCUAUCCUUCCAACAUUUGAACCUACACAUCGAAUGCAGAUACUUGAAUUUGUGAUGUUUCCUUUAGAAUGUUUUUUUUUUUCCUCAUUGUUAAGAAGACAUGACCGAAAUGCAGUAGUUACAUGCAUAGAAAAGGCAAUUUUCCCUGGCAUUGAAAUCCGAUUUAUGCACAUCCCAUUCAUGUGCACUGCUUCGGUGCCCAAUUACACUUCAACAGAGUAAAUCUAUUAACAUCCCGUAAGUGAUGUUCCUGCAAAGUGAUGAGGAAAUCAGUUAAAUACAAUUCUUGCUUUUUAAUUUGAUCAUGGUGUGUUAUCAGUUGAAUGUAAUGGCCUUAUGCAUUAUGUAUGUUGUGUUCGAGAUAGCCUGCAGUUCCGUUCCAUUCCUGGGGUGCCCAGAUCUCCUGGCACCGUUAUCUGUUUUGAACCAAAGUAGAUCCUUGUAGUCUCAUUCUCAAACCACGCUGCUGUUGAAGAGCAAUGAAGGGUGAAUACCUCUUCCCAAGAGUUAGGGGAGGAGCAGCUGAAAGCUGCUGUGCUGCUGUGUCCUUGUACCAGAUUUGGCCUCCGGAGCCUUCCUGCAGCUCUGUUCCAUCUCUCCAUGACGGUUUAUUCAUCAGUCCACAUCUUACAUUACGAGUGGAAUAAAACUGCAUAGAAGCUCUCUGUUCGUUCAGGCCUGAUUUAAAGGUGGUCAGUCGCUCCCAAGAUACAGGAGCACUGCUGCCUGUUGCUUCUGCCCCCAGUGCCCACGCAUGCCUUGCCUCACCGUGUGCCUGUGAACAGGGAGAACAGCCGAAUAGCUGACAGCUUGUUCUGCUUUCCUCUUGUGACCAGAGUUGCAGUUUUUUUCCUGGUAAAGUUGUUUUUUUUCUUAAGUUUUUUUCCAUCAGAGCCUCUAAUUCCCAAAUUAAAGGUGACCUGAGAAUUUUUUUUAAACUAUUUUGAUAGCACAAGGAAUGUUCCUUUAAUGAUUUUAAAGAGAUGACAUAGGAAAACUUUGGAAGGACUUGUAAGGUUCUUCCAUGUUUGGUUCGCAUGGGCACACUGCUCACAUUUCAUGAAGGGAUCUUGUAACAUUUCUUGGAUUUCUGAUGAUUUAUUUGGUGAUUUUCCUUGGCUCUCUUUGCUCCCCAGCAGUUCUGCAGAAAGCUGUGACAUUACUGUCAGCUGUGCAGUGAGAAGUGAGGAGGCAUGGAGCACCUUCUGGUCUGCGUUACAGCACAGGUGUGGCACGAGAGGAGGGAAAGUAAGGACAGGUAUUUCCUGCUGGAUUUCUCCUCUCUUUCCCACGUGCCUUCCUUUCAUUUACCUUUGAGAUGGAUUUCCUCAUACCCUCCCAUGCCUGCGUGCUCUGUACUCGGCUCUGUUCCUUCUGGGUAACCUCACCCAAAGUUCUGCUGCUCUCUGUGCUGACGACUCAGAGAUCUUCCUCUCUUCCUCACCUGUUUGUUAAUUUGAAUUCAAGUCUGAGCUGCUCUGCCAUUUCCUUCUACCUGAAACUCAACAGAACUGCAGCAAACCCACACAUUCCUUACAGGGGUGCUCUGGGAGCUGCUGUGGGGCAUGCAGGAGGCUGGGAGGGACAGAAUAAGCAGGAGGUGGGAUUGGGGAAGCGUUCGUAGUGUGACAGUGGCACCAAAAAGAGCACUGAUUAUUGUUAAAGGAGUAAUAAUUCUGUGAAUAGUUUGAUAUAGAUUAAAAUGUUUAAUUUAACACCCCGGAGAGCACGCCUUGCAGAGCGGUGUGAGCUGUGGAGCGUGGCAGAGCAGUGUGAAUUGUAGAAUCACGCAAUGGCUUGGGCUGGAGAGGAGUGA